CUCACUGUGGAGGAGGCGCUAGCACAGCUGCAAAUCGCCGACAAAGAAGAGAUGGGUGAUCCACAUAACAAUGAUAUGGUCAUCCCCGAGGAAUAGACCAUGGGGUACUACUGGACCGCCAUAGCCGCGUACAUGAGGUCGCCCAUUCAGCACCCUCAUGUACCAGCGAAUAACUUUGAGGUGAGUACCUCUGUCAUCACCAUGCUGCGCGGUUCGGUGGUGUUCCGUGGCAAAGAGGGGGAGUGCCCCCGAUCACAUCUGAGGCGAUUCCACGAGCUCAUCGUUGGAAUCAAGAUAAAUGGGGUCCCAACCGAUGCCAUCCAGCUGAGGUACUUCCCAUUUACUCUGGAGGGGCAGGCCAAGGAGUGGCUAGACACUCGAAAUCCAGGCUCUAUCACCACGUUCGCCAACCUGGCGGACAAGUUCCUCACUCGCUACCAUCCUCCGUCCAAGACGGCGGACCUGCAGAAGCAAAUUACCCACUUUGCUCAGGUUGAAGAUGAGACCAUCCGGGAUGCUUGGGAAAGAUACACCAGUCUUUUCCUCAAGCGCCCCAAUCAUGGCUUUAUCGACGCCUUCAAGGUGGGCACAUUCUACCAUGCCCUCCUCCCGGAAGACAAGCAGCUGAUUGACUCGGUCUAUGGCGGGAAUAUGCUCACCAAAACACCGCCACAGCUGAAUCAACUCUUUGAAGAGAUGAAAGAGCAGGGCUAUGACUGGGGAACUGCGAAGAGAUUGAGACGAGCACCAGGUCCCGGACGUCGAAGGAAAGGCUAAGAACGAGUUUCGGGGCAUUCGAAAGUCACGGGCGCGCCUAAAUCAAAACACGGCCGUGUUCCUGGACCGUGUUUUUACUACCGAGGCUUGAUCCAAGAUUGUCCUGCGCUAGCCCAAAACACGGGCGGGACUGACCCAAAAUACGGCGUGUCCUACAUUAGGCACGACCGUGUUUUCCCCAAAAUCUGGCCGUGUUUUUAACACGUGGCAAGGGCACGGGCGGGCAGCAGCAAAGUGCUGCCGUGCCCUCGACCGUGUUUUGCCCAGUGAUGCCCUUUUAGGAAGAUUUCAGCCAAAAGAGAGGGGAUUACGAGUUUUAGAGAGACAGAGCGAUUCCUAGAGAGAGAAAGCGACGAACCAGAGUUCCCAAGUUCCCUAGCUUGAUCUUCAUCACCAUUGGAGCCCGGCUUGAGCUUGGAGAAGUGCCGAUCGACGACCAGGAGCAGAAACCCAUCCUUCAUAGUAUGGUUUCCGUAUCUGAAUCUGCUUUUGCUUCUUUCUCCAUGGAGUAGUUUUCUUAUUCAUCUGGGUAUGGAGAACCCUAGAUUUGUAUGUUAGGUCUGAUUGUAUGAACCCAAGUACAGAUUUGAUGAUUUGAUUAUAUUCAAUUGAGGUUUGAAUGAUUGAAUGGCAUGAAUCUUGAUCAAAUUCCUGUUAUUUCUGCUUUGACCUAGAAAGAGAAUAUCUUUCUAGGUUGAUAGAGCACCCUUAAUUGAAGGUGGUGAACUGGCGACUUUAGUCGAGGAGCCAAUUCACUAUUCUGUACCGGAGUUACUUUGGUUGUGGAGGUUUUGUUCGUUAGGGCCUAAAUCUGUUUACUCCGAUGGAGGUUAGUCGCCCGCUGGAGACUCAGAUUGUGAAGGUCUGGAGACCUUUAGUCGAGACUUCAGACUGUUUAAGAACCUUCCGCAGUAUAACUAUCAUUAAAACUGAACUUGGUAAAUUGCAAUCCGGCUUAACUGCAGUCUAGGGGGAACCAUAUCCGGGUGACCUCUCUCGACUUGAAACAACCAUUUAAUUGCUUUGCUUGUUUGCUUAAUUGAACCUGCACUAAAGUUUCACUGCUAGAUAAUAAGAAUUCACUGAGUAG